AGGUGUGACGAAACUACCACUUGUCACCUCAUCAUGGUCUGACGGCGGGAUAUUCCUCAGUAGCGAGGCACCAAACACAAGUCUAACACAGACAACACCUUAGGCUCGAGAGCUCCUCCUUCGUCAGUUGUAAUCGAGGUUAAUGGUGCUCUUGGUGGCUGUACUCCUGUGGGGACAUGUGCUGAAAUACUACUCAGUGUACUAGUGUUUGUGAGGUGUAAACUUGAGUACUUUGUAGAACAGUUUUUAGGAAUAUUACAGCUGUAGUGACAUACUGUACUCAUGAUGGCACUGUAACGCCCCGCCAAUAUCCUGACAGUUUUGUUUCGUCACCAUGAAGGCUUUGUUGUCUGUGGGAGGGAUUAAUUUAUUGGUAUUGUGUGUGCAGUGUACAGCCUUCAGUCAGAGGACACAAGGUUACAAUGACACCUGUGAAGAGAAUGAAGCCUCACCUGUCUUACCUGUCGACACCGUGUACCCUCGCAGCACCCAACACACCUCGACCCAGGAAACACAUCCCCCAAUACUCGAUCCCCUACAAGUGGACCUGUCCUCCCUGGGGGCCUCCUUCACCUCCCUGGCUACCUUCCUGCAGCAUGCCAAGCAACACAGGCCUCCUGACGGGGACGUGUCAGUGAGGGACAGGAGGGAGGCUGUGGAGCGAGGGGCCCUUUGGCUUCACCACCUCAACCUGCAGCUCUUGGACGGCCACCACCAGUCCUCGUCUCCUACUGGGUCGCCGUCAGGAGGUUCUUAUGAGGUACCGAUAGGACCCCGCUAUGACGUGGAGACGACGCCCGCACCUGCUGCCGCACCUUCAGGAGUGGAAUUCACCGCCAGGAGUGGAGGAUAUGGUGGAGGAUGUAGCAACCCGGCCCUGGGACUCUUCAACUUCCUCACCUUUAUGGUCUACGCCUUCUCCCUCCUGCUGACGCUGUUGGCCCUGGCUACUGGGGCCUUGUCUGGCACCUUCCUCUCCAGCAUCCUCGGUGUGGUCGUCAACAACAACAACAACAACAACAACAACAAUAACAACAAUGAUAAUAACAACAACAACAAUAAUAACAAUACCAAUGGGAGAUCUGUAUCCAGUUUUUCAAGUGUAAUCUCCCAGGUGUUGGAGAUGUUGAGAAUCACCCAGGAGAUUUACCGUAGUGGUGUGGAGGAGGAUAGGAGACACCCGAGGGACACCACCACCAGGAAGCACACAGACCAGGUCCUCAACACGCUGCAGAAGGAGUUAUCGGUGGGGUUUCUCAAGGCCUUACUGGGGACGGUACAGGGUGUUGAUGAGGACAUGUCGAGAUGGUCAGCCGAGUCCUGUGGGGCACUACAGUCAACAGCUCAUAAGUACUUCACCACACAUGCCCAGACUUUCCUCCGUAACCUCUCUUGACGUAGACGUGGCAGAAGAUACACCUGUCUAUAACCUGCUACAGUCCAGGUGUCAGAAACGAGAACCGUAAAUCAAGAACUUAUAGUGAUAAUUUUUCUCUACACGUCGUCAAGUCUUUCUCAAUGACGUGUACUGAUGGGGGCCACGUCACUUGGCUUCAUCCUCAGGUGUAUAGUUGUAUAUUUCCACGACGUGUAUGUAUGUAUAUAAAACACUCAUGGUUGGUGUCGUAUAGUUAAUAAUACCUUUGAUUAAAUAUAAUAACUGUG